UUGAAUCACAUGAGGGUAUUACUGAAAAGCUGUCAUUCAAGACUGCGAGGAAUAACAGAAGGGAAUGUGCUGAAAUGACAACGAAUAUAGAGACGCGAAGAAGGCAACUCUGCGGAGACUCAGAAAAACAAGAUCCUUCAGAGGAUCAUGAUGAUUUUGGAGGUCACCUCCCGGGCUCAUCCGGUGAAAGGGUUUGUGUUGCUCACAUUCACACUGAAGCUGGUGAUGGGCACUCUCCCUGUUUACAACAAACAAGCAGCACCUUCACACCUAAAUGGCCACAGAGAACACGCAGCCUUGGUGAUGAAAUAUUUCACGAGAACCCGUGCAAGACCACCAUAAGUGCUGAAAAUGAAGUAGAGGCCCAAAAACUCGCAAAUAAUUAUAAGUUUGGAUUCAGGAAAUGGAAAAGCCAUGUGACAGAGCGGCCGUUAGAGGUCAGAUCAGACAUUGUGAAGGAACUAUACUCUGAGCUAAAUGCUAUUAAACCACACUCAGGUUCUUUGUUCACUUGUGGCAAUGUACUUUACGUUUUUCUGUUUGGCUGGUGGAUUUCUCUGGUUUAUGCUCUUGUUGGUGUCCUAAUGUUCCUCACAGUCAUUGGAAUCCCCUAUGGGAAACUCUGCUGGCAUUUGUCCUGCUAUUUUCUGUGGCCAUUUGGGAAAUCAAUCGAAAAGGCUAAUAUCUCAUUGCCAACAUACAGUGUGAAGAUCUUUAAAGGUGAUAUCUCUCUAAAGGCAGAAGAGGAUGGAAAGCCUUCCUCUCCUCUCUUACUGCCCACACCUGUGGAGGAGACGAUAGAAGAGCCCACAGGAAGUCCACAGGAUGACCGCUUCUGGUGUCGUAUAAGCACAUAUGUUUGGCUCCUGGUGGGUUAUCCUCUCUUGGCCCUCACACACUCUGUAGUGUGUCUGCUCUCCUGGCUUCUGGUUUUCACCAUCCCUGUGGCCAAGAUGAGCAGCAAGACCUUACACAGCAUCCUACUCAUGCCUCCUGAACGCAUUCAGAUCAGUGCAGCUUCAGUGGCUCAAGAGCAGGAAUGCCAAGUUAUUCUUUGCUGCUACCAUGCAGUAAACCUCUACUACUAUAAAUACACAGUAGACGGGAUCAAUGUUUUUGCUGUCAAUCUCUUACCAUUAGUUAUUGUGUCAUUGGUAAUUGGUUAUGUGGACAAAACAAACCAGUUUGCCAGCUCUGAAGUCAAGUUUGCCACAGCAGUCAGCUCCAUCAUCCCACUGUCAUAUUACAUUGGCAUGGGCAUUGCAAGUAUUUCCGCUCAGAGUAAUUUUGCUGUUGGGGCAGUGGUGAACGCCACGUUCGGUUCCAUUACGGAGUUGAGCUUUUACAUCACAGCCUUGCUCCGAGGUCAUCACCAGGGAAAUAAGUGUCUGCAUGAGAUAGUGAAGGCUGCUCUUACCGGAACAUUGCUGGGCUGCAUCCUAUUUAUACCAGGGAUCUGUAUGAUAAUUGGAGGGCUCAGGUACACAGAGCAGAGGUUUAACAGCCGCUCAGCAGGGGUCAGCUCCUCUCUGCUCUUCAUAUCAAUAGGGGGAGUGUUUGCCCCUACACUCUUCUCUAAAGCCUAUGGGAAUCUAGUGUGUGAGGACUGUACUAACUCCACAGGGACCAACAGUAGUGGGUCCUUCAUGUGCAAAAACUGUCACUACGAUCUGAGUGAAAACAGCUACAGCCUGUUUCACAGUCACAUUGAGCCUCUAGUGUACACUGUUUCUGUUCUCCUCCCGGUUUCCUAUAUCAUUGGCCUCAUCUUUACUCUGAAAACUCAUUCACACAUCUAUGAUAUUCAAAUUGGAGAUGGAACGGGUCAUCACGGAGCAUCAGUGCAUUGGUCUCGAUGGAGAGCUUUGCUCAUUCUCAUCAUUGCCACAGUUUUGAUGUCAGCCUGUGCUGAUCUGACCUCAGAACACAUUCAACCAAUACUCAGCCACUCAUCUAUAUCUCAGUAUUUCAUAGGUGUGACUCUUUUAGCCAUGGUCCCGGAAAUACCAGAAAUAGUCAAUGGGAUCCAGUUUGCUCUGCAGAAUAAAAUCAGUUUGAGUUUAGAAGUCGGAAGCUGCAUUGCCGUGCAGGUGUGCAUGAUUCAGAUCCCCAUCCUGAUUUUAUUCAACUUCUUUUACGUUCUGCUCUGGUGGUGGUGUAUCUCAUUCUUCUUGCACUGUAUUUUUUCGCCCCAUCUCCUGCUGGCUGUUGAGAGGAAAAGCUACUUCAGCUCACUGCUUCCAGUGUAUGAUUUUACUAUAAUGUUGCGAUUAAUGUUAGUGUUACUGUGUGUUUUCGGUUAUUCUAUUAAUAUUUGUUCCUUUGUAACAUCAUUAACUGUUCUAUUCUGUUCCAAAAGGAGUGGACCUGAUUGAGCACUUUACUGUGUAUAUGCAGUGUCACAACCAGUCUUUUGUAAAUGGAUUAAAUAAUUUAUGCUUUUAUUGAAAAUGAGGCGCACAAAGAAAUUUUAUUUUGGACUGUACAGAAAUAAUAGUUAAAACUAUAUUUUAUUAUGGUUAAAAAUAAUACAUAUUUUAUUAACCUAUUAGGUACUUUGCAAAAGAAAAUGUCAAGUUUUAUGUGCUGAGCUAGAGUGUUCUCAAUGCACACUUAGGAAUUAGUGUGUUGGUACAGUCCCUAACUGAAGCUACUUGUAUUUUAAAUCAUUUUACUGUAUGAAGUUUCCAAAGAGAGAUCAAUUGAAGGCAUUUGCACAGUGAAUCAUUUGUGAUUACAAGUACUUGUAUGUUACAUUGACCUGUAUUUUUUUUCCCCUUCCCCUUUUUCUCCCAAUUUGGAAUGCCCAAUUCCCAAUGCGCUCUAAAUCCUUGUGGUUGCAUAGUGAUUCGCCUCAGUCCGGGUGGCGGAGGACGAAUCCCAGUUGCCUCCGCGUCUGAGACAGUCAACCCGCACAUCUUAUCACGUGGCUUGUUGAGCAUGUUGCCACGGAGACAUAGCGCGUGUGGAGGCUUCACGCCAUCCACCGCGGCAACCACGCUCAAUUCACCAUGCACCCCACCGAGAACAAACCACAUUAUAGCGACCACAAGGAGGUUACCCCAUGUGACUCUACCCUCCCUAGCAACCGGGCCAAUUUGGUUGCUUAGGAGACCUGGCUGGAGUCACUCAGCACGCCCUGGGAUUCGAACUAGCAAACUAGCGAACUCCAGGGGUGGUAGCCAGCGUAUUUUACCACUGAGCUACCCAGGCCUGUAUUAACUAUUUGAAAAAGACAAUUAUUUUCUAUUUUUAAUUGAAUCUUUGUGAUCACACAUAACUGUUUUUUGACAAGGCAAUAAAAGAUACAGUGGGGAACAAUUAGUUUUGUAAUGUUGUCAAGAUUUGAUGCUAUUAAUGGAAGAAGGCAUCUAUCCAACAUCCUUCCUACUUAUAUGAAACUGCUCAGAACAAUAUUACUUCUUUACAUAUCUAUAUUUAAUGUUAAGGCAAAACAAAGAAUAAUGAAGCCUACUUUCAAUUUACAUUUAAUAAAGAUGUACAGUAAAUUUCAGUCAUACUGUAUAUCCUAAAAGGCACAUCUUCAACCUUUGUCAUUUUCUGUCACUCCUUUUAUCACAUGUAAGAGGAAUUUUACCUUACACUUUCAGAGAAAAAGAUAGUUUGCUAACUGACAUCACCAUGGCUCUAAGUUGUUUGCGUUUUUCAAUUAACACCCUACAGGGUACUUGGUCACCAGGGAUUUUUAUUUUUUAUCAGGCAACUUGCUGGUUUUUAGAUGUCAUAUCCAGACAGAACAAUGCCAAUUACAGCACAAUCCAAGGGGGUGAUUUAAUCAUUUUUCCCCUUCCAGUAUUUCUGCCUUUGAGGUUUUAUAUUGUAUUAUUGUAAAAUUGAUUUGAUGUAUUCAUAUACACCAGUUUAACUAUGAAAUAAUAAACCCUUCUCUGUUUAUCUUAAGAAGUUCACACUUCUGAAUUGAGUUAAAUGAAAACAUUAUAUGUAAAAGUGAACAAGUACUGUAUUCUCAACAGAAUAUACAUAAUUAGCAAACAUCUUUAAUGAUGGCUGUAUUUUAUGCUCUGGUUGUCAUAGUGAUGAACACAUUGGUAAUCUUAUUUUGAGG